UCCCCUUCGCCUCUCCUCCGGGCCGGAAGUUCCAAGAUGGCGGCCGCAAACCCGGAAGUUAGUCAAGGCCGGAGCUGUCGCUGCCGAGCUCGAAGCCGGCACCCUUAAGGCCGCCGCCGCCGCCGCCUCGCGGCUUUUGGUUCUCCCCCCGCCCCCCACGGCCGAGGGUCCCUGUUCGUGUGUCGGGGGAGAACGCGAAGACCAGGAUAUGUUGCAGAGGGAAGGGCCGAGAUAAGGGAUCUCCUUGGACCUGCAGAGACCGACUGGCUUCCGAUUCCUCCAUGGAGCAGCACAAAGCCUGAUGCCCACUUUUCCCCUCACCAUGGACAGGGGGAGGAGUUAUCACCCGCCAUGUACGCAUCAGCAGCCCGGCAAUACACUGUAUAGGACACCCACCCUUCAAACCCAGCUUGGCUUGCCCACCGCUGAGAAUUCUGCUUCCGGUUGCUGGAGUUCAUCCCUGUUUGCACCUCCUUCGUAUUCAGCACCAUUUUUCCUGAAUGAAAACCAGCAAUAUUUUAAUAACCCUUCGAAUUUCUACACAAAUUCCAGCAACGGGCAGCUCUUCUCCGAUUCCAACUUCGCACCUCAUGGCCUUGCUGAUUUCUUACCCAGAAAUGGCGACUUCGCUCAGGAUUCUGCAUACCUCAAUGAACUCUCCAACAAUUCCCUCUUCUCCUCCCCCGCUGACUCCCUCUCGGAUAUUGCCGAUGCUCAGGAAUUCCUGCCUGCUGACAGCCUCAACCAGGUGCCAACGAUAUGGGACGUCAACGUCAAUGUGCCACAGCAGAACCAUAUGGAGGUCUUGCCUCCUGAUUUGGAAAGUCUCGAAGGCUUACAGGGAAUAGAAAAUCACAUCACUGCCACUCAGGACAUCCCUCGUCUUUCAAGCAUUCAGGUAAUAAAGUCCCAAACUCAGGUAGAAGAGGAAGAGGAGGGUGACGAUGACGAAACAGAGGAACUGGGUCACACAGAGACGUACGCCGAUUAUAUCCCUUCCAAAUCGAAAAUCGGGAAACAGCAUCCUGACCGAGUGGUAGAAACCAGCACCCUUUCCAGCGUCCCUCCUCCAGAUAUCACCUAUGUCCUCUCUCUCCCCGAAUCGAUUGCCGAAAACGGGUUGCUCUCUGCGCUGCAGCUGGAAGCUAUCAUUUACGCCUGCCAGGAACACGAAAACCUGCUUCCCAAUGGGCAGAGAGCUGGAUUCCUGAUAGGAGACGGUGCGGGCGUAGGGAAAGGCCGGACCGUUGCAGGGAUCAUCUAUGAAAAUUAUCUGAAGGGAAGGAAGAAGGCUCUGUGGUUCAGCGUCUCAAAUGAUCUGAAAUACGACGCCGAGAGGGACCUGAAGGAUAUCGAUGCGCCUAACCUCCCUGUCCAUGCUUUAAACAAGAUUAAAUACGGUGACACGGCUACCUCGGAGGGGAUUUUAUUCGCCACUUAUUCCGCCUUGAUCGGUGAAAGCCAAGCGGGCGGCCAGCACAGGACCAGGUUGAACCAGAUUCUGGAUUGGUGCAAGGACGAUUUUGAUGGUGUUAUUGUGUUCGAUGAAUGCCACAAAGCCAAAAAUGCCAGCUCUACCAAGAUGGGCAAAGCAGUAUUGGACCUGCAGAAAAACCUGCCUCAGGCGAGAGUCGUCUACGCCAGUGCCACAGGUGCCUCUGAGCCAAAGAAUAUGAUUUACAUGAGUCGGCUGGGGAUAUGGGGAGAAGGGACCCCCUUCCGUUCCUUUGAUGACUUCCUCCAUGCCAUUGAAAAGAGAGGUGUUGGGGCAAUGGAGAUCGUUGCCAUGGAUAUGAAAGUGAAUGGGAUGUACAUCGCUCGACAGCUCAGCUUUUCUGGAGUCACUUUCCGGAUAGAAGAAAUCCCACUGGACAUGGCAUAUAAGGACGUUUACAACAAGGCAGCGAAGCUGUGGGCAGAAGCUCUGGUGGUUUUCCAAAAGGCUGCUGACCUCAUUGGCCUGGAGUCCCGGAAGUCUCUCUGGGGUCAGUUCUGGGGGGCUCACCAGCGCUUCUUCAAGUACCUCUGCAUUGCGGCCAAAGUCCGUCGUCUGGUGGAGCUGGCCAAGGAGGAGCUGAGCAAGGGCAAGUGCGUGGUGAUCGGGUUGCAGUCGACGGGGGAAGCGCGCACCCGGGAAGUUCUGGACGAGAACGAAGGGCACCUGAACUGCUUUGUGUCCGCAGCCGAAGGCGUCUUCCUUUCACUCAUUCGGAAGCACUUUCCUUCAACCAAACGAAAAAGAGAAAGAGGAAGUAUCAAUAAAAGAAAACUGAAGCAGAGAGUCCGAGGCCUUAACAAAGUGAUGCGAAUCGCCCACGACCACUACAGCAGUAGCAACGAUAUCAUCAAGAUCAGCUCCGAGAGCAGCACGGAUUCUGAGCCAGGUCUGGAGAGCGACUUCAAUUCCUCUCCGGAGUCCCUUGUGGAAAUGGAGGACGUGGCCAGCAGAUACAAACCCAUCAAUGGCGCCAUGUGUAAUGAUCCAAUUGGCCUAUAUUGGCUGAACCCGCAAAAGGAGAUGAACGGAUCAGGGACUCCGGAAUACGUGGAGAACAUGAAGCAGGAACUGCUGUCUCAAGUGAAGGAAUUGGGCAAAGAGCUACCUCUUAAUACUUUAGACGAGCUGAUCGACUACUUUGGAGGCCCGGAAAAAGUAGCAGAGAUGACCGGGCGGAAGGGACGAGUCGUGCGGAGGCCCGGUGGCUCCGUGGUGUUUGAAUCGCGAGCUGAGCAAGGCCUUUCGAUUGACCACGUGAACCUCAAGGAGAAGGAGCGUUUCAUGAAUGGAGACAAACUCGUAGCAAUAAUCUCGGAGGCCUCCAGCUCAGGGAUUUCUCUCCAAGCAGACAGACGGGUAAAGAAUCAGAAACGGCGGGUCCACAUGACGCUGGAAUUGCCCUGGAGUGCUGAUCGAGCCAUACAGCAGUUUGGCCGCACCCAUCGUUCCAACCAGGUAUCUGCUCCAGAGUACAUUUUUCUCAUCUCCGAACUGGCUGGUGAACGGCGGUUUGCGUCCAUUGUGGCGAAGCGUCUAGAAAGCCUUGGUGCCUUAACUCACGGUGACCGAAGAGCGACUGAAUCCCGGGACCUCAGCAAAUACAACUUUGAGAAUAAGUAUGGGAUCAGAGCACUCGAUAAAGUCCUGCGCACCAUCUUCCAGCAGACUGAGAGCAAAGUCCCCGUGCCAAAGAUUUAUCAAGAAGGAGAUGCGGCUUUUUUCAGUGAAAUGAAGCAGUCCCUCCUCUCUGUGGGAAUCUCUUGCAAGGAGAUGCGAUACGGCUUCAUGACCAUGGAGAAAGACUGUUCCAUCACCAAGUUCCUAAAUCGCAUUUUGGGCCUGGAGGUUGACAAACAGAAUCUGCUCUUCCAGUACUUCAACGACACUUUCGACUACCUGAUCGAGCGGGACAAGAAAGAUGGCAAAUACGACAUGGGGAUCCUGGACUUGGCGCCGGGCAUUGAUGAAAUCUACGAGGAGAGCAAAGAGGUUUUCCUAACGCCAGGCCACCCUCAAGAUGGCCAGGUGGUCUUCUACAAGAUCAGCGUGGACAGAGGGUUGACGUGGGAGGAGGCCUAUGAAAAGUCACUUCAUCUGACGGGCCCUAAUGAUGGCUUCUACCUGUCCCACAAGGUUCGAGGCAACAAAUACAUUUGCCUCCUAGCUGAACAGACCCGUGGGAAAUACUUCACCCUCUACAAGCCGAACAUUGGGAAGCAGAGCCAGCUGGAGAUCAUGGACAGCCUUUUUAAGAAGUACCAGCCGGUGUCGCCAGCGGAUGCUCAGCCCCACUGGGAGAGCAGUUACGACUUCUCCUUGAAACACUGCAACCACGCCGUAUGGAACAGGAACUGCAAGGUUGUCCAGGAAGGAAAGGAAUGUUUCCAAGGCACGCGUUUACGCCACUAUUACAUGCUUUGCGGGGCCCUCUUGCGCGUCUGGACCAAAAUCGCUAGCAUCAUGUCUAAUAUCACCAACACCAGCUACCUGCAGAUCGUCCGCCUCAAGACCAAAGAGAAGAAGAAGCAAGUUGGGAUCAAGAUACCGGAGAAUUGCGUCCAUCAGGUGCUGAAGGAGUUGAAGCAGAUGGACGAGAACGUCAAACAGAAGCAGAAGCAGGCUCAAGCCAUGUUGACCCCCGUCAGGCCUGGCCAGCCUUACCCGCAACUCGUCCCACCGCUGGACCUCAGCCAGCCUGCAGGAUUUCUCUGUGCCCAGCACACUUCCUUGCCGCAGGACGAGGUCUGGGAUCUGACCAACAGCCCACCUGGGGAAGGCCUUCCUGACUUCUGGACGCACCCAUCUCCACCGCCUCCUCCUCCUCCUCCACUGCUCCCCCCUGCCCCCUCGCAGUUCAACUUCCACGCUCCCUAUGACAGCGCGGCGUUGGUGGGCAGCCUGGCGCUCGGCGGCUCCCCUUCCCGGCACGAACCCUUGCCCCCGACGCUGGCCCUCCCUCUCCCCCUGGCGGACACUUUCUCCCCAGCCAGCCUGAACUUCCGUGAACUCUUAGAGGAAAUGAUGCUGAACCCCCACGGUUUGGGGGGCGAGAACAGCGAGCAGGAGCGCCAGAGCGUCAUCCAGUUCAGCGGACCCCUCUCCAACCUCUAUGACGCCAGCUGAGUUGGGGGGAGGCGGCGGGGAAGAAGAGGGCAUUGGGGGAGGGAUGUUUUUAAUCCUGAGUUGGAACGGACCACUUCAAAAAAAAAAAAAAAGGGCGGUGGGCGGAGAGAACUCUAGUAAAUCAGGGGUCUCCAACCUUGGCAACGUUAAGACGUUAAGCUGGCUGAGGAACUCUGGGAGUUGAAGUCCACAAGUCUUAACGUUGCCAAGGUUGGAGACCCCUGCGUCUACUUAACAGAAGCAAAGUUUAUUUAUAUAUAAUAUACAGUCAAGCCUGUACUAAUUUUUUUAUAUGUAUGUAUAGAGAGAGAUGUACAAAGUGGGGUUGUGGGAGAGAAGAAAUGGGAGGACAAUAAUGCCGAAAUAAUACCGGGGGGAAAAUCGGGCACUUUAAACAGACAGCUGCUUGCUGGCUUUGUUAUCCGCCUGUCACUUCUCAGGCCCAAACUUGUGUUUCUGGGCGACUCAGCAAAAAAAACCAAAAACCUACUGACUUUGGAAAGUGAGAAUCAUAGAACGGAUGUAUGAAUGAAUAUAUUUAUAUAUUCAUUCAGACAUAGAUACCCACCCGUGCACAGGUAGUCCUUCUUUUAUUGACCAUUCCAAGUGACAAAGGCAUUAAAAAAAGUGGCCAUUUUUCACAUUUAACGACCGUUGUACCAGCCUCAGGGUCCUGUGGUCAAAAUUCUGGCCAUUGACUCCUAUUUAUGACGGUUGCAGUGUCCUGGGGUCACGCGAUCCUCUUUUUGCAACCUUCUGACGAGCAAAGUCAGUGGGGUGGGGGAGAAACCCAGAUUGCCUUUAAUUGGACUCAUUUAAAGAAACUUUGGAGCAGCGUCAGUGUGCAACUGUGGCAAGGAAGGUCGCUGAAGGUUGGCAAACUCACAUAGCAAGUGUUUCACUUAGCAGCAGCAGAGGUUUGGGGCUCAGCUGUGGUCGUAAACCAAGGACUACCUAUAUCCCUUGUACCUGAUUGGUCAAAAGAAGUCAAGUGAUAAUCCAAAGUGGGAGGGGGAAAAAACUUUCUCAAAGUCCUUGGUUUGAUUUUUU